CCCGGGGCGGUAAAUAAACACGGUUUUAAAGACAAAAGGCUGUGUCGGCGGCUGCUUGACACCGGACAACGGGACGGGAGAGCGAGCCGGGCCCGUCCCCGGUGCUGCUCACCUCCCGCGCUGUUCCCACAGGAGCUCGCCGCUCCCGCGAGCAUCAGCCAUGUGUCUGCUCAAGUGCGAUUAACACCGACUUGCGAAACCCCCCUCCCUACGCUGCCCCCAGGGCCAUUUGGAACAUGCACGUGCCCGCGCCCCGUGUUUACACAGCGGCGCCUUCGCGCGGAACCUUUUUGUGGAUGGCGCUGGCAAACGAGCUGGGGGAGCCACACCGCCCCUGCGGGCUGGCGGAAGCCUCCCGAAAGCUGGCGCAGUACACGCACCCCGUCAGACUAUUUUGGCCCAAAUCAAGAUGCUAUGAUUACUUGUAUCAGGAAGCCGAAGCACUUCUGAAAAACUUUCCAGUUCAAGCUACAAUUUCCUUUUAUGAAGACUCAGAUAGUGAAGAUGAUGAACAGGAGCAAGAUUCACGAACACCAUCAGAUUGCUGACUUCAGGAAAGGCCAACACAACUUCUAAGACUUAAUUUAAACCUAAUAUAAAAAUGUAUUAUAAUAUUUUUAAAGAUAAUUUAUUUGUAAGUUAUUCUUAAUAAAACUGAAAUGUCUUGUAAUUUUA